GUGCCGUGCGGUUCGUGUCGUGGCUCGUACGGGUUCUGCGUGUCGCGCGGUGUGCUCACGUUCGACCCGAUCCUCUCGCAGCUCUUUUGACAGCGGUUCGCGACCUUCCGCACACGAUCGACGGUGUUCCGCGCGACAGUGUGACCAACCAUACCACCGGACCGAGUGACACGUCGCUCGUCGCGGCGUGUAGUGUGUUACAACCCCGGAGAGAAGGAACGAACGGAGUGGAAUGGAACUGUUGCCCGCUGGUCGCCGGGGCUGCCUCCGUACGACGUCGAAGACCGAGUUCAGUUAACCGGGGAUCCAGCGCCAGGGUCGGGAGGCACCUCCUCCGUUCGGAGCGUUACAAGAGUCGUUAGGUGCGGGAUUCGCGAUACGAAGCGGAGCUUAAGAUCAAUAAUUCGACGAGGAAGACGCGGGCUUUCGAACGAAAGCGAAGGCCUUCGGUGCUCCGGGGCCAAGGCGUCGUCGAGAGUGACAGGACACCCCGAGCGAGGGACGCGUGCCGCGAGGGGGUUUCUCUGGGUGCCGGGUGCGUUGACACCUGUCUCUCGGGCUGAGCUGGACCACUCUCGAUCCGUCCCAACGAGGCUCCUAGGAACGAUCGGGAAACUCGUGUCGUUGCCGUGGUGUCGAUAUUGUGCGUCGAGUGUUUGUUUUGUUGUUGUCGUGCCCGCGGGCAGCGUCCACAGCUUGAGGGAAUAUUACUAUCGGCCCGAAAACACAGCCUACGCAUGCCGUGGAUCGAGGUGAGUCACGAGUUAUAGACGAAUCCAUGGCCGAUUCCCAAAGAAAUUUCUCAUCACAGAUAUCAGCAGAGAGCCGGAAGAAGAGAGCCGGUUCUAGGAGAGCCGGGAUCCAAUAAGCUUCCAGUUAGGUAGGCUUAAAAAGCUUUUGUUUUUCGUCGUGGGAAGCUGUUGGUGGGCUCGUCGGGCCCACCCUCUCAUCGGUCAAGCUGGCGAGCGCUCUAACCGCUGGUAUGAACCCCCACCAUCCGGGCCACUCCGCAGCGUACCCGCAUCAUCCCUCGCUUUCGAGCAGUCCGCAUCAUUCCGGGCCUCAUCACGGCUACAGCACCGGCGGCGGUGGUGGUGGGGGCGGUGGCGGCGGCACCACCACCACACCAGACUUGCCAAGUCCCCAUUCACCGCCCCACGGACCGGCCAUCGACCCAGCCACCCCCUACGCGUCGCUGCAACAGGGCCAGGGGAUGGGCAGCAACGGGCAUCAUCACGGCGGCGCUGGAAUGAUGGCCGAUCAUCCACAUCACCCGGGACAUCCCCAUCCUCACCUACCAGGACACCCCGCUUACCCCCCGGUCAAUCACAACAACAACUGUACACUCAAGCAAGAAGGUGGUCCAAGCGGACCGACAGGAAUCCAACAGUGCGCCGGUUGCGGCGGUCAAAUAGUCGAAAGAUGGCUGCUGUUCGCGAUGGAUCGGUAUUGGCACAACAGUUGCCUGAAAUGCUCCUAUUGCGGCGCAGCAUUGGCGGAAAUCGGCCACUCGUGCUACACCAGGAGCGGCAUGAUCCUCUGCAAAAGCGACUACAGAAGGAUGUUUGGAAGCAGCGGUGCUUGCGCGGGCUGCGGCAACACGAUACCUGCCAGCGAGCUGGUGAUGAGGACGGGUGGAUCGGUGUUUCACCAGAAAUGCUUCACCUGCAGCAAAUGCGGCAGCCAACUCGUCUCCGGCGAUAGGUACUACCUGCUGUCGGGUUCGCCGGUCUGCGAGACGGAUUGGCACAAAAUCGUCAAGUCGUCGAGCGUCGCGGCCGCAGCGGCCGCCGCGGCGGCCGGAAACGGCGGCGCCCCGGUGAGGAAAGGUAAGGUCGGUCGGCCUCGAAGGAGUCGCGAAUGAGGC